AUGGCGGGUCCUAUGAGUCCCGAGAUCUGGGAUGAGUUGAUCCAUCUCAGGGAAGAUCGACAGAAGAUGCUGGAUGCCGUAGAGAAAGCGAAGCAAGAAGGAGACGAAGGUGGUGCAGAGUUCCAAUCCAUGCUGGCCAAUGAGAUCUCUGAAAAGAUCGAGGAGAUCGAGGGCAAGUACGGUUCCUCUCCACCGCUGCCCGGUGCCAAGGCAGUCGCCUCCAAUGGCAAUGCGCUGGUCCCGGUUCAGAGCUUCCCCCCGCGCUUCCCUGCGCCGGCAUCGAUUCCGAAGCUUCCACCGCCCCCUCCCGGCGCAAUGUUGUCCAUGCCUCCAGGCGGCCUUCCAGGUAGCAUCCCUGGUGUGGCAGGGGCAUUGGGCAUGCGACCUCCGGGCUUUAUGGGAGGCUGCGGAACCCUGGGCGUGCCGCCUGUGGUGCCGCCUGUGGUGCUGCCGGUGGCGCCCUUGCGGCCUCCGAACCUCAUCCAGCAGCAGGCUAUGGAAUACGAGCAAACCAAGGCUGCCUCAACGGUUUUGGAGCCCGAGGUCGUAGAGUUGGUUCACUACUUCAAGAUCGGGGACAGGCACGCCAGGAUGCUGAAUGAGCAGCUGAAGCGGCGAAACAAUACCUACGAGGAGGACAUUGCCGCCUUGUACGAGAUCUUGAAGGGCGCCAAAAACCCGGCGGAUCUAUUGAUGGUUUCUAUCCGAUGGAUGGAACAAGGAGUCUUCAGGGGGUGCUUAACUCCAAAUCCCAAAGUGGAGAAGAUCUCCAAGAAAUACAAAUUGGAUGCGCCAUCCGCCUGUAAAUUGGCAGAGGCCGCCCUGGGUCGGAAGGGGAG